GCCCAAUUCACACGGGUCAAGAGCUCAAGGUCUUCGUUGAUGUAACUGCGACACCACGGUUGCUUUCACUAUUGAUUACUUGAGCAGUUGAAGGAAAGCACAAGAGAAAAGCACUAGAUUCUUUGUGUGUGUGGGUGAGAGAGAGGUAAUGAACAUGAACCUGACAAGAGCUUCUGAUUCGUGAGAGAAAGAAUGGAUUGUGAUCUGAAACGUUUCUUUUUCGCAAUUUUCCUGUUUCAAAUCCAUGGAUACAUAGUUGCUUCUGCUUUCCAUCAUGAAUUCCCUGUUGCAUUACCUGAUUGCAUAGACCGGUGCGAUCGUGCUGGUGCUCGUGUUCCUUACCCUUUUGGGAUAGGCAAAGGUUGUUACAAGAGCAAAUGGUACGAGGUUGUCUGCAACCACUCAUUACACCUCUCUUUUCCUUUCCUGCCAAGCAUCGGACUGGACGUUAUUUCGUUUUCCCUCACAGAUGACUUUAUCUAUGAGGACCGUUCUCACAAGAGCAACGGGUUUCAAAUUCAGAGUCCAAGGAAGACUUCAGGCUGUUCAUAUGGAAAGAAAGAUGUCCAAUCUUUGAAUCUAACGGGGAGUCCGUUCUUCAUAUCAGACAAUAACAAGUUCACAGCUGUUGGAUGUAACAUCAAAGCGAUGAUGGUAGGAACAGGGCCACAGAUUGUUGGAUGUGAAGCGAGAUGUGGGAAAGAGAAUCGGUAUUACAAAGAUGCUGACAAGAGCUGUGUCGGAUAUAAGUGCUGCCAGACCAAAAUUCCGCCGGGUCUUCAAGUGUAUGAUUCAACAGUGGAGAAACUGGAACCUGGUAAAAACGUAUGUCAGGAGGCCUACUUAUCACGAGAGGACUUCUCUAACUACACGCUCACGUCACCUGAUCUAACGGAGAAUGUUAUAGUUACCAUGGAUCUGGAAUGGCGUCUCGAAGUUCCCCCCAACACCGUUCCAGAGAGUUCAAAAUGUGAGGUAAGCACAAGCGUGAUUCGCACGGAUGAUCAGUAUAAGUAUCAAUGCAGGUGUAGAUCUGGUUAUGAAGGAAAUCCUUAUUUACCUGGUGGAUGUCAAGACAUUGAUGAGUGCAGGACUAUAUAUGGUGUGUGUGGAAAGAACAAGUGUGUGAAUGUGCCUGGAUCAUUCAGAUGUGAAAAAACAUGGCCUGCCAUUCUAGGUGGAACUCUAAGCUCUGGAUUGUUACUUUUAGCCGUUGGAACGUGGUGGAUAUGCAAGGUUAAUAAAAAGCAAAAAGCAGCCAAGCAGAAGAGGAAGUUCUUCAAACGAAAUGGAGGUUUGUUAUUAGAGCAACAAAUGUUCUCACUUCAAGGCAGUGUCAACAAAACCAAACUGUUCAGCUCCAGUGACCUGGAGAAGGCAACAAACAGAUUCAACGCGAGCAGAGUACUAGGUCAAGGCGGGCAAGGUACAGUUUACAAAGGAAUGUUGGAAGAUGGGAUGAUCGUCGCUGUCAAAAAGUCCAAAGCAUUGAAAGAAGAGAAUCUUGAAGAGUUCAUCAAUGAGAUCAUCCUUUUAUCGCAGAUUAACCAUAGAAACGUUGUUGGGAUCUUAGGAUGUUGUCUUGAGACAGAGGUGCCUAUGUUGGUGUAUGAGUUCAUUCCCAACAGAAGCCUUUUCGAUCAUCUGCAAAACCCGUCAGAUUAUUUCCCAAUGACUUGGAAAGCACGUCUCUGCAUCGCCUGCGAAGUAGCUGAUGCACUGUCCUACCUGCAUUCAGCCGCCUCUGUUCCAAUUUAUCACAGAGAUGUCAAGUCAACAAAUAUCUUGCUGGAUGAGAAGCACCGCGCAAAAGUAUCAGAUUUUGGGAUUUCGAGAUGUGUUGGUAUAGACGAUACUCACCUGACGACAGUAGUGCAAGGAACAGUUGGAUAUGUAGACCCAGAGUACCUCCAGUCAAGCCACUUCACAGGGAAGAGUGACGUCUACAGCUUUGGGGUUGUGCUCAUUGAGCUCUUAACCGGAGGAAAACCCGUCUCCGUUCUCAGGCCACAAGAGGUAAAGAUGUUGGGAGCUUACUUCCUCGAAGCCAUGAGGAAUGACAGACUUCAUGAGAUUCUCGAUGCUCGCAUGGAGGAGGAAUGUGACCAAGAGGAAGUCCUUGCAGUAGCCAAACUUGCAAGAAGUUGUUUGAGCUUGAACUCAGAACAUCGCCCUACCAUGAGAGACGUCUUCAUCGAACUGGAUAGGAUGCAAUUCAAGAAACAAGGCGCUCAAAACCUAGCUGAAAAUUGCGAAGAGCACACAUACAUCCAGAUCGCAACACCGGAGACUAUGUCUCUUAGUUACUAUUCUCCGUAUACACUCGUUGGAAACAGCUCAUUCUCACCGGACUCAAAACCACUCAUGAUUCACACGACACAGUGACUGGAAAAGCAAAAAACUCUUCACCUUCCAAGAUAUAAUACUUCAGUAAACUAAUGAUAUACAAUCAAACCUUCAAGGUCUUAGUACUUGUGUGAACCAUUUGCUUAACUCUUUUCAUUUUAUCUUUUACGUGUUUGGUAUAUACACAUGGUA